AUGUCGUCCCGAUCUCUUUGGAGGAGUUUACAGACUCAGACAAGACGGCGAUUGGCCAUGCCCGAGACCCCGUACCGGUGUUUCUCCUGCACGCGACAAGCCCAGGCCCAACCGCCCAAGCCGACCGCUGACGAGGAGCGAUUCACGCAUUUCGGCUUCCAAAAUGUCCCCGAAUCGCAGAAGGAAUCCAUGGUGAAAACCGUGUUCAGCUCGGUGGCCUCGUCCUACGAUGUGAUGAACGACAUGAUGUCGCUGGGCAUCCACCGGCUGUGGAAGGACCAUUUCGUGCGGUCGCUGAACCCGGGGUCGGCGCUGCCGUCGCGCGACCACGACACGGCCGGCCGCGGCUGGAACAUCCUGGACAUCGCGGGCGGCACGGGCGACAUCGCGUUCCGGAUGCUGGACCAUGCGACCAACAUCAACCACGACGCGGCGACGCGGGUGACGAUCGCCGACAUCAACCCGGACAUGCUGGCGGAGGGCAAGAAGCGCAGCAUCCAGACCCCCUACUACAACACGAACCGGCUGGCCUUCCUGGAGGGCAACGCGCAGAGCAUGCCCUCGAUCCCCAGCAACUCGGUCGACCUGUACACGGUGGUGUUCGGCAUUCGCAACUUCACGGACAAGCAGGCGGCGCUCAACGAGGCCUUCCGCGUGCUCAAGCCCGGCGGCGUCUUCGCGUGCAUGGAGUUCAGCAAGGUCGACAACGCCCUGUUCAAUGCCGUCUACAAGCAGUGGAGCUUCAGUGCCAUCCCCCUGAUCGGCCAGCUGGUCGCGGGCGACCGCGAGAGUUAUCAGUACCUCGUCGAGAGUAUUGAGCAAUUCCCGAGCCAGGAGGAGUUCCGGGGCAUGAUCCAGAAGGCUGGGUUCUUGAUUCCGGGACGCGGGUUCGAGAACCUUACGGGGGGCAUUGCGGCGAUUCACAAGGGAAUUAAGCCUUUGAAUUAG